AUGGAUAUAUAUCAAUCUACAAAAGUAUCUUUUGUGCCAAGAAUAAGUACAACUCGAUGGUCAAACCAAGGUUUGUUAAUGAAUAAUCAACAACAGAAACAACAAAAUAACAAUGAGCAAAAUCUAUCUUUCAAUAGACCGGAACAGUUACUUGAUAAUCUUCAAUCAUUGUCACUGAGAAAUUAUUCUAAGUAUCAACAACAGAAAUAUCGAAAUAGUAAUGAACAAAACUCAUCACUCAAUAAAUUUCAACGGUUUCGUGAUAAUCUCCAAUCAUUACCACGGGAAAAUGAUUCUAAGUAUCAAAACAACAGCAAUGAACAAAAUCCAUCAUUUAAUAAAUCGCAAACGCUUCCUAAUAACGUUCUAACAUUACCAUUAGAUAAUCAUGCUAAGUAUCAACAAAAUCACAAUGACCAGAGUUCAUCAUUCAAUAAAUCGCAACUGUUUCCUGAUGAUGUUCCAUCAUCGCCACUAGAAAAUUAUUCUAACAACUCCGAUGAACUCGAAACCAUCAACAAGACAAGCUACUAUCCGAUGGCCUUUUAUAUUUGUGUUGGAGUUUCACUUUUCCUUAUUGCUACAACAGCUUUGGUAAUAAAUAUUUAUGAAUUGAUCCUUAUAACUACAAGUACAACGACUGCAAUGCCAGGAUGGGUUGGUACUGGUGAUAUGACGAAUGUACGACGUGACCAUCAAGCAUCUGUAUUAGCAAAUGGGAAAGUGUUAGUUACAGGUGGAUUUACCGGUAGUGUUUAUUUAAAUGGUGCUGAGCUGUACGAUCCAUCUACAGGAGUAUGGACAACUACUGGUAAUAUGAAUAGUAUUCGAGGUUAUCACCAGGCAUCUGUAUUAGCAAAUGGAAAAGUGUUAGUUACAGGUGGAUAUACUGGUAGUAGUUAUUUGAAAACUGCUGAAUUAUAUGAUCCAUCUACAGGAAUAUGGACACUCACUGGUAAUAUGAAUAGUAUGCGAGCUUAUCACCAAGCAUCUGUAUUACAAAAUGGAAGCGUAUUAGUUAGUGGUGGAUGCAGUAACACUAGCGUUUAUAUAAAUAGUGCUGAGUUGUAUAAUCCAACUACAGGAGUUUGGACAAGUACUGGUAAUAUGAAUAGUCUUCGAGGUUAUCACCAGGCAUCUGUAUUACAAAAUGGCAAAGUGUUAGUUACAGAUGGAUUUACCGGUAGUGUUUAUUUGAAUACUGCUGAAUUAUAUGAUCCAACAACAGGAGUUUGGACAAGUACUGGUAGUAUGAAUAGUAUGCGAAUUUUUCAUCAAGCAUCUGUAUUACAAAAUGGCAAAGUGUUAGUUACAGGUGGAUAUAGUGGUAGUGGUUAUUUAAACAAUGCCGAAUUAUAUGAUCCGUCUACGAGUACAUGGACACUCACUGGUAGUAUGAAUAGUAUGCGAGCUUAUCAUCAAUCAUCUAUAUUACAAAAUGGACAAGUGUUAGUUAGUGGUGGAUGCAGUAGCAACGGUGUUUUUUUAAACAGUGCUGAGUUGUAUAAUCCAACUACAGGAGUGUGGACAACGACAUUUAGUAUGAAUUCUAGUCGAUCUGAGGAUACAGGAUCCUUACUAACAAAUGGAAAAGUAUUAGUUGUUGGCGGACUUGGUGCUAGUGGAUUUUUAAAUAGCGUUGAAUUAUAUCAACCAUAA